ACCGCCCGUCAAACAACCCGUCUCAUCCCCAGGUUUCUCUCGCCGCCUCAGAUUCAAGAUGACUCACGAGUCCGUCUGGUUCAGCCGUCCCCGCAAGUUCGGCAAGGGUUCCCGUGGUUGCCGCGUCUGCACUCACCGCGCCGGUCUUAUCCGCAAGUAUGGGAUGAACAUCUGCCGUCAGUGCUUCCGUGAGAAGUCCUCGGACAUUGGUUUCCACAAGGUUGGUUUCCUCCACCAUUACCAUCUUACUACCCACCUGCACCUGCACAUAUACGUCGCCUCGAAUGGAUGAGAAACAAAGGAGGAGGAAAUGGGACACGCCAAUAUCACAACAAACCACCCACACAAAUACAAAUCCACACCCAUCCACCCAGAAAUAUGAAACAAACAGCAGAACUAACGCCUUCACCACCUUCUUCAGUACCGUUAAACCAAUCACUUCUCUCGAUGCCCAUUUCCUAUUUCACGACAACUUCGUUUAAAAAGAAAAGACGCACUCGGCGCUCGGUUGCUCGGUUUUGACCGCUCCACAUACAUGCAUACAUACCUACCUACCUACGUCCUCCCUUGUCGCCUUUUCCCGCGAGUGGCUACAAUCAAUCCAAUCAACCUCUUUUAAAGAGAAGGACCAAACAAUGUUGGGGGGGGCUUGUGUGUGUGUGUGUGUGUGUGUGUGUGUGUGUGUGUGUGUGUGUGUGUGUGUAUGCUGCGGGGAUGGGGGAAAUAUUAGUUGAAGAAAAAACCGACCAAAAUGACAACUUGAUAACCUUGA